AUGGGAGGAGGAGGAGGAGACACAUUCACUGUGGACGAUGCACUUUUGACCUUGGGGUUUGGCAAAUACCAGUAUUUUGUGCUUGCUUAUGCUGCACUGGCUUGGAUCUCAGAAGCCAUGGAAAUGAUGCUUUUGUCGUUUAUAGGACCAGUAGUUAAAAGAAUGUGGCGUCUUUCGGCUAAAGAACAAAGCUUGAUAACCAGUGUGGUAUUUAUCGGUAUGCUAGUUGGAGCCUAUUCUUGGGGUGUAAUCGCAGAUAAAUAUGGAAGAAGGAAAGGUUUCCUUAUGACCGCACUGGUCACUACUGCAGCAGGCUUUAUGAGUUCCUUCUCACCAAAUUACGCCACAUUGCUGGUUCUUCGUUGUGUGGUGGGUAUUGGGUUAGGAGGAGGGCCUGUGCUUUGCUCUUGGCUGCUAGAGUUUAUUCCUCCCCCAAACAGAGGCACUUGGAUGGUUGUUUUCCAAGCAUUUUGGACUGUGGGCGCUGUUUUUGAAGCUUCCAUCGCAUGGGCCGUGAUGCCAACACUGGGUUGGAGAUGGCUGCUUGCUUUUUCUUCCAUCCCUUCAUUUGGUCUCCUUAUCUUCUAUUUAUGCACACCCGAGUCACCGAGAUACCUCUGCUUGAACGGUAAGAUAAAGGAGGCCAUGACUAUUCUGGACAGAAUAGCUAAAGUCAAUGGCACCAAAGUGCCUUCUGGAACCCUUGUUUCUGAUGACGACGUAGUUGCGUCCGACCAAGAUUCAACUCCUACAAAGAGACAUAAACAAGGAGCCCUGACAACCAUAUUGAAGCUUCUUUCACGAGAAUUAAUCAGGCCAACCCUACUCUUAUGGGUUGUCUUCUUUGGAAAUUCAUUUUCCUACUAUGGCCUAGUGUUGCUCACAACCGAGCUAAACGCGGGACGCAGUGCAUGCGCCGGCCACAAAGUGAAAGCCGAAGAAACCGAGGAUGUUAACUACAAAGAUGUUUUCAUCACCACUUUUGCAGAGUUUCCGGGGCUCAUCAUAGUAGCAUUGACAGUAGAUCGAGUGGGUCGUAGGCCUUCGAUGGCAGUUUUGUUCUUCAUCUGUUGCGUCCUGAUAUUCCCCUUGGUAUUCCAGCAGUCUGAAAUGGUAACAACGGGGCUUCUCUUCGGCUCUCGAAUAUGCAUCACUGCAACCUUCACCACAUUGUUUAUAUAUGCUCCGGAGAUAUAUCCAACGGCGGUAAGAUCAACGGGCUUUGGAGCGGCAAGCUCGAUGGGAAGAAUUGGAGGGAUGGUGUGCCCCUACGUAGCAGUAGCAUUAGUGCAGGGAUGUCACGAAACAGCUGCCAUAGGGAUGUUUGAGGUGAUCAUAUUUUUAUCAGGGGUAUCCAUUUUGUUGAUCCCAAUAGAGACCAAAGGUCGGGAGUUGAGUGAUAACGUUAAGCAGAAGUGUCAACCUGUUUAG